CUCUCUCUCUCUCUCUCUCUCUCUCUCUCUCUCCCUCUGUGUCUGUCUCUCUCUCUCUCUCUGUCCUCUUUUGCUCUCUUUCAUUCUACACACUUCGGAAGCAUAUGUCACCGCGCUCAAAAAGGAAUCGCCUCCUUCUCCUCUCUUCUUUUUCUCCUCAAUCGUUUCUUUUUGUUUCCCCAUCCCCCAUUCAUCCACCUUACUAUCCUUCGGUUCUCUUCAGUUCUCUUCCGUUCUUUCUAAACCUAGAACCAUGUUCUAUUUCCAGUUGGUGAUCAUGGCUGGGACGGUUCUCCUGGCAUACUACUUUGAGUACACAGACACGUUCCCCGUUCACGUCCAAGGGUUCUUCUGUUUCGACAAGACGUUCUCCAAACCGUACCCCGGACCCGAGGACGACAGCAAGGCACCGCCGGCACUGGUCUACUCUCUGGUCACCGCUAUCCCCACUGUCACGAUUCUGAUUGGAGAGGUGACAACGUUCUUUGUGAAAGCGGAGGGGGCUCAGGAGAAGACCAUUGUGACGGCUGACUGCUGUUACUUCAACCCCCUCCUCCGCAGGAUAGUACGCUUCCUGGGCGUCUACUCCUUUGGCCUCUUCGCCACCACCAUCUUCGCCAACGCGGGCCAGGUGGUGACAGGGAACCAGACCCCUCACUUCCUGUCUGCCUGCCGCCCCAACUACACAGUCUUGGGCUGCCAGUCCCCCAUGCAGUACAUCACAGAGCGCCGCGCCUGCACCGGGAACCCCUACCUGGUUGCGUCUGCACGCAAGUCCUUCCCCUCUAAGGACGCGGCCCUCAGCAUCUACUCUGCUGUCUACACAGUGAUGUACGUGACGCUCGUGUUCCGUACAAAGGGCACCCGGCUGACCAAGCCCACCCUGUGUCUGACCCUCCUGUCCCUGGCUGUGCUGGUGGGGGUGGUGAGGGUCACGGAGUACAGGAACCAUUGGGGUGACGUCCUGGCUGGAUACCUGACCGGAGGGGCCAUCGCUGCCUUCCUGGUGACAUGUGUGAUCAACAACUUCCAGCAGACAGCGUCAGCCCUGCCCCCGCUGCCCCCCCAGCGCCCUCAGCCCCCCCACGGCAUGCAGCUGUCCACCCUACCUCGCGUGGAGAGUCCACUUGAAAAGUUAAGUUGCCCUCAGGUUCCAAGACUACCGUACACUGAGAUCACAUGACCAUCAGCCAUACCUGUGCCCCGCCCCUCCCGAUGUGCUCCUCCCCUCGCGGCGCUUCAUCUCCAGCGAAGUUUAGACCUGCCCUCCAUCUCCGAGCACCACGCCCCCUGCCCCGCCCACCCUGAGGGGCGGCCCCCUUUCCGACGCUCGUUCUCCACCCAGGUCUAGAACAUGGAACCUAGAACCUAAAUCACCCAGAUCCAACCUCAAAACAACCUUACCUGGGAGGGACUACCUGGCCUUGUCCAAUAAGAAAGGCUUGUUUUUGUUUUCCGUUGCAAAACAUUUUGCUACGGUGUGCAGUAAUGAAUAGGACCCUGGAGUAGGUAGAAGUUUACCCUAACCAUUAAUACAUGGUCAAAUAUCUUGUCAUCCUUGUAUGGUUAGGGUUGGGGUUAAGUGGAAUCUGAUCCUAGAUCUGUGGUUAAUCUCCAUCACCAUGGAGACGACCCAGGCCACAGCCAUGGUAACCGGCUAAGUCCUCUGCGGGCUAAACGGAUUGGAUCGGAUAUGGCGUCCUUUCCCUCUGUCUGUCUCAACCUUGUUCAUCAAAAGUUGUUUUUUGCCUCCUACUCGUUUGAUUUUUUCCCAAGAUGACCCAGUGGUGUACAAAUACAAGCUCACCAAAGCCAAGACUACUGUGGAGCUGUGGAAGCAAUUACAGCACCUUUUCCUUCGCCACAGUUCUAUUGUUUUGUCUCCACUUCUCAUUUUGGGUCUCCUCCUUUUCUUCUUCUACUACUCUACUUUAAUGUACAGACGGAAAACACUAAACAGUGGUUGAACGACACAGAAAGAGAGGCACGGUGGAUAAAACAUUUAAAAACACAGUGGAAAGAUGAGAUCAAUAUACAGUACCAGUCAAAAGUUUGGACACACCUACUCAUUCAAGGGGUUUUCUUUAUUUUUAUUAUUUUCUACAUUGUAGAAUAAUAGUGAAGACAUCAAAACUCUAAAAUAACACAAAUGGAAUCAUGUAGUAACCAAAACAGUUUUAAACAAAAUAUAUUUUAUAUUUGAGAUUCUUCCAAGUAGCCACCAUUUACCUUGAUGACAGCUUUGCACACGCUUGGCAUUCUCUCAACCAGCUUCACCUGGAAUGCUUUUCCAACAAUCUUGAAGAAGUUCCCACAUACGCUGAGCACUUGUUGGCUGCUUUUUCAUUCACUCUGCGGUCCAACUCAUCCCAAACCAUCUCAAUUGGGUUGAGGUCAGGUGAGUGUGGAGGCCAGGUCAUCUGAUGCAGCCCUACAUCACUCUCCUUCUUGGUCAAAUAGGCCUUACACAACCUGGAGGUGUGUUGGGGCAUUGUCCUGUUGAAAAUCAGCAAUGGCGUAUCGCUACAGAAUGCUGUGGUAGCCAUGCUGGUUAAGUGUGUGCGUUUCACGAAGACACGGCGGUUGGAACCAAAAAUCUCAAAUUUGGACUCAUCAGACCAAAGGACAGAUCUAAUGUCCAUUGCUCAUAUUUCUUGGCCCAAGCAAGUCUCUUCUUCUUAGUUGUGUCCUUUAGUAGUGGUUUCUUAGCAGCAAUUCAACCAUGAAGGCCUGAUUCAUGCAGUCUCCUCUGAACAGUUGAUGUUGAGAUGUGUCUGUUACUUAAACUCUGUGAAGCAUUUAUUUGGGCUGCAAUUUCUGAAGCUGGUAAUGAACUUAUCCUCUGCAGCAGAGGUAACUCUUGGUUUUCCUUUCUUGUGGCGGUCCUCAUGAGAGCAAGUCUCAUCACAGCGCUUGAUGGUUUUUGCGGCUGCACUUGAAGAAACUUUCAAAGUUCUCAAUGUUCCGUAUUGAUUGACCUUCAUGACUUAAAGUAAUGAUGGACUAUCGUUUCUCUUCGCUUAUUUGAGCUGUUUUUGCUAUAAUAUGGAAUUGGUCUUUUACCAAAUAGGGCUAUCUUCUGUAUACCACCCCUACCUUGUCACAACACAACUGAUUCGCCUCAAACACAUUAAGAAGGAAAGAAAUUCCACAAAUUGACUUUUAACCAGGCACACCUGUUAAUUGAAAUGCAUUUCAGGUGACUACCUCAUUAAGCUGGUUGAGAGAAUGUCAAAAGUGUGCAAAGCUGUCAUCAAGGCAAAGGGUGGCUACUUUGAAGAAUCUCAAUUAUUAAAUAUAUUUGGAUUUUUUAAACACUUUUUUAGUUACUACAUGAUUCCAUGUGUUAUUCCAUAGUGUUGAUGUCUUCACUAUUAUUCUACAAUGUAGAAAAUAGUAAAAAAUAAAGAAAAACUCUUGAAUGAGUUGGUGUGUCCAAACUUUUGACUGGUACUGUAAGUCCCCAGUGACUGAACGAUGGAAUCAAAGGGAAUCAAAGGAGCUGUUUGUAAAACUCAGGAAAAAUAACCCGGACAAAGGAAUAAGAAUGGUUGAGAAGAUUUUUAAAUAUUUUUAUGUGGUGAAAGAGGAUGCACUUUUGCAAAUGAUGGUGAUGGCGCAGUUUAACUACCAGAGGCUUAUAUGCUUAUAUAUGAUUAAGUAUAUGUUGUGUAUUUUGUGUUUUGGUUUAGUUAAAUACUAGUCUCUCCUCUGCUGUAGCUUCACACUAGUAAUGUGAUGUUGUUUUUCCUCAUCUGACAAGGAGUAACAUUCAACUGGAUAUACUGUAACAGCAUAUGAUUACAUUACUGUUAUUAUACAGGUGGAUACGAAUGUUACGAAACAUACAUGAAUAUCUCACACAACCCUCAAGACAUCACGAUGCAACAGCCCAGUUACUAACAACCAAUAACUUUCCUACAUUCUGGAAUAUACAUAUGAUAUAUUUCUUUAAAUAUACAUUCAUUAUCACAACGGAAGUGGACUGGCUAACUGUCAUUCAUUAUCACUACUGAAGUGGACUGGCUACCUGUCAUUCAUUAUCACUACUGAAGUGGACUGGCUACCUGUCAUUCAUUAUCACUACUGAAGCGGACUGGCUACCUGUCAUUCAUUAUCACUACGGAAGUGGACUGGCUACCUGUCAUUCAUUAUCACUACUGAAGUGGACUGGCUACCUGUCAUUCAUUAUCACUACGGAAGGACUGGCUACCUGUUAUUCAUUAUCACUACUGAAGUGUACUGGCUACCUGUCAUUCAUUAUCACUACUGAAGCGGACUGGCUACCUGUCAUUCAUUAUCACUAUUGAAGCGGACUGGCUACCUGUCAUUCAUUAUCACUACUAAAGGACUGGCUACCUGUCGUUCAUUAUUACUAUUGAAGUGGACUGGCUACCUGUCAUUCAUUAUCACUACUGAAGUGGACUGGCUACCUGUCAUUCAUUAUCACUACUAAAGGACUGGCUACCUGUCAUUCAUUAUCACUACUGAAGCGGACUGGCUACCUGUCAUUCAUUAUCACUACUGAAGUGGACUGGCUACCUGUCAUUCAUUAUCACUAUUGAAGCGGACUGGCUACCUGUCAUUCAUUAUCACUACUGAAGCGGACUGGCUACCUGUCAUUCAUUAUCACUACGGAAGUGGACUGGCUACCUGUCAUUCAUUAUCACUACUGAAGUGGACUGGCUACCUGUCAUUCAUUAUCACUACGGAAGGACUGGCUACCUGUUAUUCAUUAUCACUACUGAAGUGGACUGGCUACCUCUCAUUCAUUAUCACUACUGAAGGACUGGCUACCUGUCAUUCAUUAUCACUACUGAAGUGGACUGGCUACCUCUCAUUCAUUAUCACUACUGAAGGACUGGCUACCUGUCAUUCAUUAUCACUACUGAAGGACUGGCUACCUGUCAUUCAUUAUCACUACUGAAGGACUGGCUACCUGUCAUUCAUUAUCACUACUGAAGGACUGGCUACCUGUCAUUCAUUAUCACUACUGAAGGACUGGCUACCUGUCAUUCAUUAUCACUACUGAAGCGGACUUUUGUGGUUUGUUUACCUGUUGAUGUAUUUCUAUCGUUUUUAUAUUUAUGAAGUGAAAUGUUGCUGCGAGGUCAGUGUGGUUUACUCUCACUUAGCAUGGCAGUUUUGCUGCUAUCCGUUUACACAGACCAUGCCCUCUUCUUCCUGCUCCUCUUCCUCAUGUUCCUCUUCAUCCCCAUUGUCAUCACUUUCCCCUUUCAUACUUCUCCUUCUCCUUAAAUAGCUUGAAAUCCAACUAUCGAUCUGUUGUAACAAAAGUGAAAUGGAACAAUGUUCACUUGGGAGUCCAGGCUUCUCUUCAACCCUGUCUUUUUCAGGUCAACAUCUGCACUGUACCUCCUCUCAUCCCUAUCCACCACUCUAUCUAGAUCCCUCAUUCAUUCUCUCUUUCACCUUUACUCCCUCCAUUCUGUCUCCAGUCAAGUUAGAACACUGGAACGAGUGUAUCGUGUCUUAAAGGUGUAUAGGUUUCUUGUUGUGUUUGAUUAUGUUAUACUGUAUGUUAAAUCAGUCAUGCUAACAAGAGCAUCAAACAUCCAGAAACUGUCUGUUAAGAGCAAGCUUAGCAAACAUCUAACCUUAGCUGGAUUGUAGCAUAAAGAGAGAGAUGAAGUGACAUUCUAUAACAGACGCAUUGUUAACACACAGGCUGUACAGUCAGUGAUUAACAAUUAGCUCAACUUGAGAGAGUGUGUGUGUGUGUGUGUGUGUGUGUGUGUGUGUGUGUGUGUGUGUGUGUGUGUGUGUGUGUGUGUGUGUGUGUGUGUGUGUGUGUGUGUGUGUGUGUGUGUGUGUGUGUGUGUGUGUGUGUGUGUGUGUGUGUGUGAAAAAACACAACAUCCUAACUGAUAAUGUGGUGAUCCAAACUUUUUUUUAGGGUUCGCUGGCUGUCAUAUACUCCUACCAUAACUAUGCAGUCGUCAUAACUUAGUGGUUCUUCAGGCAUUCUGAGGACUCGUUGAGAACCCCUUACGAAGCCGUCUCCAUGGAGACGGUGCUCAUCAUAAUGUUGUAUUCAUAUUAGGAUGUAUCCUCUAUUUUGUAAAGAUUUGUCAGAAAAAUAAAUGCCUAUUGCUAUAUCAAA